AUGAUCCAAUACAAGCUUUCCAAGACUGUAGGAACUGAAAAUGUUACAAGAUUUAAGAAACAAUAUGUUUUUGGAUAUCCAUGCAACGAUAAUCAAUUUGAAUGCAGUCCUUACACAGUUUACCUUCCUAUUGGAAGUUACCAGAUUGAAGCAUUGGGUGCUCGAGGAAGUUAUGCAUCUUGGAAAGAAGGUCCAUCAUAUCCAGGAUAUGGUUUCCUUACAGUAAUUCCUUUAGAAUAUAUGAAGACAUUAACACAAGAUAUUAUUGAAGAAUUAUUAUGCGGAGAUAAUGAAAUUUCAGCUUAUCAAUUAGCAUCAAUUCUUCAUUUCAAGGGUAAUUAUACAUUACAUAAUCGUAUGUUCAUUAAAUGCAUUGAAGAAAUGACAAAUAAAGAAAGAAUUUCUUUAAUAAGGUUCAUCACAGGAUUCACAUCAAAGCCAGACAAAAUUACUGUAUAUUUUAUUGAUGAUGGCAGAGAACAUGAUAUGAUCAAUGGUCUUUUACCAUAUGCCCAUACUUGUUUCAAGUCAAUCGACAUGUUUUUAUAUACAUCAUAUGAAGUAAUGCUUUCAAAGUUGAGAACAGCUAUUGAAUAUGGAUCUUUCAUUUCAGAUGGAGUAUUUAACUUCGCUGCAUAUAUGGGAGAUAUAAAUUUGAAUUCUGACUAA